CGGCGGUCAGACCCUAAAGAGCUCCAGGAGGGAGAGGAGGGAGCAGCAGCCGCCCCGCUUUCAGCCUGAAUGGGCUAGUCGGUUAGCUUAGCUUAGCAUCGUCCCACUGCGCCGCGCCGCCGACAAACUGCCGUGUUUUCCUCUCCGUACCCCUCCCCCCCACCACCACCACCACCCACCAACACCACCCUCUCCUCCACCUUCCAGUAGUCCUGCCUCCGCCGCUGCAAGAUGAUGAAGUUUAGGUUUCGUCGGCAGGGCACCGACCCGCAGAGAGAGAAGAUCAAACAGGAGCUAUUCGCCUUCAACAAGACUGUGGAGCACGGGUUCCCCCAUCAGCCCAGUGCUCUGGCCUUUGACCCCAAGCUGGAACUUAUGGCCAUCGGAACAAAGUCGGGCGCCAUCAAAGUCUACGGGUCCCCCGGCGUGGAGUUCACGGGGCUACACGCGGACACCACUGCCGUCACUCAAAUCCACUUCCUGCCUGGACAGGGUCGCCUGCUCUCGCUGCUGGACGACAACACGCUCCACCUGUGGGAGCUGGUGGCCGGGGCCCCUCGGGACGCGGGCGGGGCCAAGAGAGAAGGCGUGGUCUGUCUGGAGGAAGUGGACUGCUACAGCCUCCCAGGGAGACCCGGCAUUGAGAGCUGCAGCGCCACUCGGGUGACCGUCCUCCUCCUGAUGAGGUCAGGCGACCUGCUGUGCGUCGGGACAGAGGGAGGGGGCGUGUACUUCCUGGAGUUGCCCCGCCUGUCGCUGAAGGAGAGCCAGACGCUGCUCCAGGAUCAGAUCAUACAGAGCCUGCCAGAUGAUUACAGAUGUGGGAAGUCCUUGGGGCCGGUGGAGUCCCUUCAGGAACAUCCCCAGCGGCCGGGUAAGCUUCUGAUCGGCUACAGCCGAGGCCUGGUGGUCCUGUGGGAAUCGACCAGCCGACGUGUGGAGCAGCUCUUCCUGGGCAAGCAGCAGCUGGAGAGCCUGGUGUGGGAACGCUCUGGAAACCUUUUUGUCAGCUCCCAUAACGAUGGAGGCUACUCCGUGUGGGCCGUUACUACCGGCAACAACGUCAUCCACCAGCCAGUGUCCUCCACCAUCCCAUAUGGCCCGUUUCCCUGCAAGGCGAUCAACAAGAUCCUGUGGAGAACCACACAGACGGGGUCUCCGGUGGUGUUGUACAGCGGCGGAAUGCCCAGAGCCAGCUACGGCGACCGCCACUGUCUGACCAUCCAGCAGGACAAAGAACACGUCACUCUGGACUUCACGUCCCGCGUCAUCGACUUCUUCACCGUCCACGGCGUCGAGCAGGACGAAGAGUUCGAUGAGCCGUCCGCGGUGGUGGUCCUGCUGGAAGAGGAGCUGGUGGUGAUGGACCUGCGCACCCCCGGGUGGCCCUCGCUGCCCACUCCUUACCUGGCCCCGCUCCACUCCUCGGCCAUCACCUGCUCCUUCCACGUCUCCGGCGUCCCGCCCAAGCUGUGGGAGAGGCUGGCGAACGCCGGCAGAGCCCAGCAGGGCCGCCAGCCAGCGCACGGGAGUUGGCCCAUUUGUGGAGGGAAAAACCUCGCUCCUCCGCCCAAGAACCAAGAGCUGCUGUUGACAGGGCACGAGGACGGUACUGUGCGGUUCUGGGAUGCUUCGGGUGUCGCUCUGACUCCGCUGUACAAGCUGAGCACGGCCAACGUCUUCCACACCGACUGCGACCCUAGCGACGACCCCCAGGACCCCAGCGACGACCCCGACAUGCAGCAGGAGGAGGAAUGGCCUCCCUUCAGGAAGGUGGGCUGUUUUGACCCGUACAGCGAUGACCCCCGACUGGCCAUCCAGAAGAUCAGCCUGUGCAAAUACAGCAACAAGCUGGUGGUGGCCGGGACGGCUGGACAGGUGAUCGUCCUGGGCCUGAGCGACGAGCGCUCGGCCCACCCGGUGGACGUGUCGGUGGUCGACCUGCUGCAGGACCGGGAGGGCUUCACCUGGAAGGGCCACGACCGGCUGGAGCCGCGCCUCAAGCCCGCCUCCUUCCCGCCGGGCUUCCAGCCGCUGGUGCUGGUGCAGUGCGUUCCCCCGGCCUCCGUCACGGCGGUGGCGCUGCACGCCGAGUGGAACCUGAUCUCCUUCGGGACGAGUCACGGGUUCGGCCUGUUCGACUACCACAGACGCAACGCCGUGCUGGCCAGGUGCACCCUGCACCCCAAUGACUCGCUGGCGAUGGAGGGCCCCCUGUCCCGAGUCAAGUCCUUGAAGAAGUCCUUGCGACAGAGCUUCAGGCGCAUCCGCAAGAGCCGCGUGUCGGGCAAGAAGCGGCCCGUCGCCACGCCCACCAGCAAGGUGAGCGACCCGGGCGUCUGUGGAGGGGAGGGGGGGGCGUGGCCACGCGCCGCGGACAGGACUGACUCCAGCUGUGGUCGUCCGCAGGUCCAGGAGGCCAACGCCGCCCUGGCGGAGCAGGAGGACGUGGCGCCGAUACAGCGACGGAUCGAACCCCGGUCGGCGGACGACUCGCUGUCCGGCGUGGUCCGCUGCCUCUGCUUCGCCGACACGUUCCUGCGGGACGGCACGCACCACGGCGCCACGCUGUGGGCGGGGACCAACUCGGGCAGCGUGUACGCCUACGCUCUGGAGGUGCCCGGCGUGGGCUCGGGGCGCGCCUGCGAGCGGGGGGCCGGCGAGGGCGGCGUGUGCGUGGAGGCCGUUCUGGGCAAAGAGAUCCAGCUCAUGCACAGAGCUCCCGUGGUGUCCAUCUGCGUGUUGGACGGCCGGGGGAAGCCGCUGCCGGACCCUUACGAAGCCUCCCAGGACCUCGCCAUCGCGCCCGAUAUGGCCAACGCCCACUCGGUCCUCAUCGCCUCGGAGGAGCAGCUGAAGGUGUUCUCUCUCCCUAAGGUGAGCGCAAAGACCAAGUUCAAGCUGACGGCGCACGAGGGCUGCCGGGUGAGGAGGGUGGCGCUGGUGGCGUUCGGCUCGGUGGCUCAGGAGGACUACUGCGAACACACGCUGGUCUGUCUGACCAACCUGGGCGACAUGCACCUCUUCAGCAUCCCCGGCCUCAGACCACAGGUUCGCUACGACUGCAUCCGUAAAGAAGACAUCAGCGGCAUCGCGUCCUGCGUCUUCACGAAGAACGGACAGGGGUUUUACUUGAUCUCUCCCUCCGAGUACGAGAGGUUCUCGCUGUCCGCAAAGACGCUCACUGAGCCGCUGUGCUCCGUUCAGCUGGACCGACCGCUGCACGCCACGCCGGCCAGCGAUAGUACCGCGACGACAACGCCGCCGCAGGCCAACGGAACCCACAAGAACCACGUAGGUCAGGCUGAGGGGCGAAGCGAGGAGUCCCCCAGCGCGCUGUCCUCCCCCAUCCUGGACACCCCUCUGGACUCCCCCCUCAGCUGUGCCGACCUCACCCUCGACUCCACCGGAGAAAUCACCGUGGAGGACGUCCGGGACUUUCUUACCACUGUGGACGAGGCAGAGAAUAACCUGAAGAACAUCAAAGAGGAGGAGGGACGCUCUACUGGCAUCCUCAUCAACUAGACAGUAUUACAGGGAGGGGCUUGCGUGUCCUGGAUGGACCAGAUUUUAUCUGCUGGACCACCAACGUCUCCCCCCGUCAUCUCACGUGGAGCCUCCGACCAGCCGGUGCCCCACCAGGGAGGAAAGCCUUCACUCGGGUGAAGAAUAGACUUUUAGACUCGGCUUGUUUUGUUCCUCCCGCUGGGAAAACCACACCUCAUUCUUCUAAUGCAACCACUUUGGGAACAUGACAUUGCCCCCCCUGCAGAGCUUCUCACGACUCAGAGCUCAUGAUUCUGCUUUCAUGCACCGAAAACUGAACUGAACUUUUUUUUUUUUUUUUGUCAUCCACCUCAAAGCGCCUAUUUGUCGCUUGUUCCCGCGGCGACGACUCUCCACGAGUCUCACCGGUGACGUUUCUGUCUUUACUUCUCGAUCCACCGUGUUUUAGUUUUCGCCGUGCUGGGAUCGGUCCGAGGCUUCUGUUGGACCUGUAUUUGGCGCUGUAGUGGCCUUUUUUCUCGAUGGGUGGCGCACACAUUGUUUUGCACGCUGCCUAACGCGACUGACCCGUCUUCAUGAAGCGAGGGCGUACAGCGGGGACGGCAAGGAAAUAAAGCAUUUUAAAUAUUGUAAUAUCAAAGGAACAUCACAUGUAUAUUGUAUUUCCCCUCUUAGGUGCCAUUGAGUGCAAUCAACUGUUUUCCAAUCCGUGAGACAAUGUCGUGACACACAAGCACCCACCAGGUGGCCGAUGAAGGUGUUGUGGAAUACAAAGAUUGAUGUUCUAUGAUGUUUUGUAGGGUUCUCGAAAAAUGAUAUUUUAAAAACUAAUCGGAAGGAGGAGACGAGAGAUGAAAUAAUUCACACAGAACUAGUUGUUGAAGCAGGAAACUAAGGCGGCACCACGAAUGAAGUAGAGCAUUGAAAUUACUUUAUUGAUAAAUGCACGGCCCAAAAUGCAAAUGCAUUUCUUUACUUGAUUGAAGAAAAUUAAAGGAGGCGAAUGCGGAGCGCUGUUAAAUCCCGCCCCCCUUCCCCCCCUCGGUGACAUCAUCUCAUUCAGAAACCCUUUUGACGGGACUCGGAAGUGUGACGAAGGAAGUCGGUCUGAAUGCGAAGUGUAACGUACUGUGUACUGUGAUGCACCCGGGAGUACUGUGGUGGGUUUCUGUGAAUCGGUGCAUUCUGGGUAAUAUCGGCUAGAUGUGGCGCUUUGAUCCCCCGUAUUUUUUUUUAACCCUUUUACAAAGUUAGUUUUUCUGUGUAAAAAAAGAAGAAGAAUAUAUACAGUAUCUAUAGCUAGGUCUACAGAAGGCAGGUUAAUGGCGUGGAGUACAGGAUAGGUCUUUGUAGAACUUGUCGUAGCCUAAAACCGCUCAGUAUUCAAGCUUUUCGAUGCCUCACGUAAAUUAAAAAGUUUUUAAAAAAGGGACCUCACUACUAACUAAUGUUACUCAACAGGUAUGAAUCACGUUAAUGCUUUUUCACUUUUGCGUUGGCUUGUUUUGGUGCUCUGGUUGACACACAAAUGAUGCUUCAAUCUACAGCUGGCAACAUUUACUUUUUUUUUUUUUAAUUACACACAAAUGUGUUUCUACUCUGUCAUUCAGUUUUUGUAUGUAGAAUUUUAAUCGGAUCAUUUAGCAUUUGAGCUGAUGAAGAAAUUGUGAAUGUUAAUAAAAUGAUUUACUCUCUAUA